UAAACCUACUGCGGGCGUAAUUCAACAUACUUUGACAGAGUGAUUAGGUUACCGAAAUCUUCAGAUGACUAAAAUGUAAAAAACUAACAAGGAAUACAAAUGUAAUACGCUUGGGUUAGUACCUGACAUGACCAUAGUUGUUUGUUUGUUACUAAUAUUUAAACCAAUGAGAGGAUUGAAAGACAUCGUGGGCGGGGUUAUCUCGGAGCCUAACCCGCUAUGUACCAGCAGGUUUGCUCCAGCCAGGUUCACGCAUGAGUCGCCAUGGUAACUGACCUAACUGAGAGCAGGAAAAGCUCGGCAUCCGGAAUUGAAAAUUCUAUCGUUCCCUGAACUCUGACGGUGAACCUGGAAGUCCAGGUCCUUCCUGACACCCGGUCCAGGCAACUAACUACAGCGAGCAGAAGCGGCUGUGAUCUUUCGAAGAAUGAGCGCGCGAGACGCAGCCGCCGUCCCUCCGGUCCCCUCGCGCCCGACGAACCGCUCCUUCAGGUCGGAAAAGUAAUUUUGCAGCAGUGCGCUUGGCAAGCCUGACAUCCCCAUAGACCAAACAAGUGUGAAAUAACACCACGAUGGGGAGAGCAGUGGGCGCCGCGCUGUUGUUCCUGGCGCUGUUGAAUACGGCCACAAGCGAGACCGACUACAGCCCACCAGGGAGACCCAAGCUGACCAGCUGCCUGUCCCGGGACAAGGAGACCUUCACCUGCUGGUGGGCCCCCAGCGACAGGGAUGAUGCUCUGCAGACCACCUAUGCUCUCUACUACCUCAAGGAGAGUUCAGACGUGGUGUACACGUGCCCUGACUACCGCACCGCGGGGGCCAACUCAUGUUACUUCAACAAGAACAACACGUCUAUCUGGGUGAACUACAACAUCACCGUGGCAGCCACCAACGCCCACGGCAGCAACUUCUCGGAGCCGGUAGUCGUAGACGUGGCCUAUAUCGUCCAGCCCCACACCCCUGAGAACUUGACAGUGGUUGUGCUGGGGGACAAGGACGGCACCUUCUUCCGGGUAUCGUGGGAGCCCCCCCGCAAAGCCGACACCCGCUCCGGCUGGAUCACGCUCAUCUACGAGCUGCGGGCCAAGCUGGACGGGGCGGAUUGGGAGGAGCACUUUGCCGGGCAGCAGAAGAUGUUCAACAUCUUCAGCCUGCGUUCAGGUGGGACCUACCGGAUCCAGGUGCGCUGUAAGCCUAUCCACGGCUUCUGGAGCGAGUGGGGCCCCACUGUUAACGUCACCGCCCCGUAUGCCCUUCCUCUCGGGAGCUCCAUGUGGAUCCUCAUUGCAUUCUUCUCGGCACUCAUCUUCCUCCUCCUCACCUGGAUCAUGAACGUAAAAAGCCGCAGUGUGAAGCGUUGCCUUUUCCCACCGGUUCCAGGCCCAAAGAUAAGAGGCUUUGAUAAACAGCUCUUGAAGAAUGGCAGAUCGGAGGAGUUGUUCGAUGCCCUGGGGGUCCCGGGCCUCCCCCCCAUGACCCACCCGAACUACGAAGACCUUCUGGUGUACCUGGAGGUCAGCGGGCGCGACGAAUCUGAGCUGUUGCUGGCCGACACCAACGACCCCACCAUCGCCGCGACCACCGAGGGCGGGAAGUCCCCCAACUCCCCGUCCGACAGCGACUCUGGCCACGGCAGCUGCGACAGUCACACGCUCCUGAUGGAGAAGUGUGGGGAAGGGGAGGAGGUGAAAGAGGAGCAGGAGGAGGAGGAGCAGGGCGACGGGGCGGCGGUGGGGAGGAGUUGCGGGGGGAAGCAACGGCGGGCGAGGAGGGGGAGCUGGGAGAGGAAUCAGAAGGGGGACGACGACCGAGAAAUGACGGAGGGACGGGUGAGGACGUGGCCGUGUGUCUUCGCUCCGCUGGAGGAAUACGCCGGCUCCAAGGCGCUGGACCACGGCAGCACGCUGGGGACGGCCGGGCUGCUCUGCUCCUCUGUCCACUCCAUCCCUCUGCUUUUACCAACGCCCGUGACCUCGCCCUCGGGCCUCCAUGCCCGGGAGCGGCUUCACUGGCAGCCGUACUCCCGCAGUGAGAGCAACAUCCAGAGCCCGGAGCACAAGCAUCGGCGUCAGCAGGGGGGAGGGAAGACGACGACGACGACGACGACGACGACGACGACGAAGCUGACGGACGUCGCCUGGCCGGCCCAGCCCCGCUCCCCCUUCAGGGCCACGGAGUACGUGGAGGAGCAGAGGGUGAAUCAGGAGAACAUGAUGGUGCUCCGGCCCCUGUCUUCAGCCCAGGGCCAGAGGGAGGGUGCGCCCCAGGGGGAGGUGGACUACAGCAGGGUGAAAGGGCUGAACUCUGGCGACGGGCUCCUGCUGCAGAGAGCCGUGGACGCAGAGACCCAGGAGGAGGUGGAGGAAGGGCAGGAGGAGGAGGAGUACCCAUGCGACAUACAAGAGAAGAACUCUUUGUUGGGGGAUGAGCGCUACACAGCGCCUCCUGCUGUUCCAGGCCAGAUGACGGGAGCCGGGAAGCUAUCUAUGGGUCUGCCCACUGCUGUGUCCCUGCAGGGGGACACGAUCCUCGCAGCGAACGGGUAUGUGGACACAGCAGUGGCCAUGAUGCCCACACACUAGGUACUAGUGGAGCCCCACUAGCUGGCCUCAGCACCCCCUCGCUGGCAAAAGCCACAGUGGGAUACCCACAUAAGGACUACGAAUGUAUCUGCUCCCAGUUGGUCGACACACAACGCGAUCGCGGUACCGUCAUUGUGUAUAUAUUCUUUCUUAUAUUUUUAUCGGUUUUCAUUAAUUUUAUCUCCUCUUUGUAUUGAUUUAAUUUAAUUUAUUCUGGACCAAUGAACUUUCAUUUUAAAAAGGACAUCAUGAUUUCAUCAAAACAUUGUAUUAAAGAAUCAUAAUACAAUGAAUCACUUAGAUUAUUUGGUUAAAAUGAUGUGGUUUUGAAUGUAAUGUGACUACUGAUUGUACUUUGUAUAUAAUAUAAUUAUUCUGCUGAAGACAAGCUUGUUUUCACGUUUUUCUAAUACAUCGGUGUGGAAGUAAUUAUAGAAUUCAUUGACAUUUGUAAUCACUAAUAAAAGGUCCAAAGAUGUGA